AUGUUUGUGCUAUGGUGGAAUGAUGAUGUCUGGGAGCCCGACCAGCCCGGGCGUCGCGAAGAAAUCGAAACGGCCGCCAAUUGUCUGUCCGCGCACCGAAACGCCGAACGCUCGUACAAAAGGUCGCAAGUCCAGCUGCUAGAAGAUCAACUGGAGAAACGUGUACGCUUGAUCAUGCCUGAAGAUGGCAUUGCGCAGUUGCAUAUGACGACAAACGACAGAAUCAUCGAGAUGUUACACAAGCUGGACCUUGAGACCAAGCGUGGGAUCCCGAUAUCCUUCGUCACGGGGGUCACGUCUCCGUACCGUUCGAUGCAUGACGCUGGCAAAAGAACUCGCGACGAGUUUCUU